GUUCAACGCCUGAAACGGCGGGAGGCGGUCAAUGGCGCAUCGAUUGCAUCUCGUGAUGCCCGCUGCUCACGUCGAGCGCACGUACAAGCUGUGCCCGACGCAUUUCGGUAAAGGUCGACUCGGCCACCUCUAUGACGCCGUUGAGUGCGCGAGCGGCACGAUCGUGUCGGUCGAAGAGGUCCAGCUGCUUGUCGAUGUGCCUGAUGCCUUUGAAUUCAUUUACGCGACGAUCGAGACCGAGCUCCAGGAGAUGGCGACGUUGCGGGACGAGCACCUCGUCGAGUACAUUGGUGUCACAUCUGCAGAGAAGACUCUGUACCUGGUCAUGGAGCAUACCGCGGGCGGGACCCUUUCCAAAGUCCUCCAAGACUUUGGGCGUCUCCACCGGGCGAUCAUUCCGAGCUACGUGUACCGACUCGUGUGUGGUCUCCAAGCACUGCACACGCACGGUAUGGUCCACGGACGGCUCUCGAGCGCCAGUGUCUUUACAGGCGCCCACGGGCAUCUCAAAAUCGGCAGCUAUUUCCCGUCGCUUGCCACGACACAGUACAUUAUGGAGCACCAUCCGAUCGCCGGCAAGCUCGUGACACCGCAUGUGACGUCGUUGGUCGACGGGGUGUGCCGGGACUUGCGCGCCGUCGGCUGGCUCGUUGCCGAGAUGCUCAUCGGAACACAAAUUCGGGGAAUUCACGUUGACGUGCCGCGUAUUCUCGCCAUGGUCCAGGACUUUCCCUUGGAACACGCGUUUUUGUCGACACUCUUUGACGUUAUCAACGAUACGAUGCGCUCGCAAGAGGUUGGCGAUUAUACGAGUACGCUCUUGGGACAUGAGUACCUUCAACCGUCCACGGUGGCGCACCUCCUGCUCGAACCUGCACCGGCGCCAAUGGAAGAUCUGACGUUGCGGCUCGAGCUCGAGACGUGCCUCCGCCUUCGCAGCGAGCUCUCGGUCGAGGUCGAAGCGUGGAUGCGAGAGUUUCAAAUGACGACGGGGCGGCAUCCAAAGCGCAAGGAGUGGCCGGCAUCGGUCAUGGACAAGCAAGUGCGACUUCGCACGCUCAAAGUACGCCUUCAGGAACUCCAAGAGCAUGUGCAAAAGGAGGCGAUGGCGUCCAUGGUCAUCUGCGGCCGCGCAACCAACACGACGGCGCUGCGCGCGCCCGCUGUCGACAGCGCUCGGAAGCGAUCGACGGCGCAAACAGCCUUCUUGGCGCAAAAUUCGUCGCGCACGAGCUUGGGCGUCGACAGCGAGGUCGACGACAGCACGUACGGCGACGACGACGAGGUUGCGUCUGGCCCCUCGCGAGCCGCGAAGCAGCAUGUGCUACACCAACGCCGAGAGGUCGCGCGUCUGACAUCGUCCUUUGCCGAGCAUCCCGAGUCGUAGCAAGCGCCCUUGCCGGCAACUGCAAAGUCGAAGAGUGUUGGCGCCAAAUACCGAAAAAUAGAACUAAAAAUUCAGAAAAUGAAAUGGAAUCCCGGUCGAGAGAGCGGUCAAGUGGCAA